AAAAAAAGUAAUUAUCAUUAACAUUAUGAUGUUGUUUGAUUUUUAAGUAUUUCCAAAGCCCAGUCCUCUUUCUUAAGUCAACACUUGGAGUCGCCGGAGACAUAAAAGUCGCCGGUAAACUCGCCACUCUCCGGCGACACUGGAGUUUCUGGCUGCCAAAAAUAAAACACUCCCGGGUUUUCACAAGAUGAUAUUGAACAAACCCAAUAAACUAAACCUUAAUAUCAUCAUAAUCCUCCUUUUCAUUUCAAGAACUUCACAAUCUUUACAUCCAAAGGCACCCCCAAUUCCAAUUCUACCAAUACCAAAAUCCCGCCAAAUCUCAUGGCAAAUUGCAGAAAUGGCACUUUUCUUGCAUUUCGGUACCAACACUUUUACAAACACAGAGUGGGGAACAGGCCAUGUUGACCCAUCAAUUUUCAACCCAAGUUCAUUAAAUGCUACACAAUGGGUUAAAGUGGCUAAAGAUUCAGGCUUUAAGAGAGUUAUCUUAACUGCUAAACACCAUGAUGGUUUUUGCCUUUGGCCUUCACAAUACACUGAUUAUUCUGUUAAAUCAAGUCCUUGGAAAAAUGGGUCUGGUGAUGUUGUAGCUGAAUUGGCUAAAGCUGCAAGAAAUGCUGGUUUGGAGUUGGGGUUGUACCUUUCUCCUUGGGAUAGGCAUGAAUCUUGUUAUGGUGAGACUCUUGAGUAUAAUGAAUAUUAUAUGGGCCAAAUGACUGAGUUGCUUACUAGAUAUGGAGAGAUUAAAUAUAUAUUUUUAGAUGGUGCAAAAGGUGAUGGUGAGAAGGAUAUGGAGUAUUUCUUUGAUGAUUGGUUUAGCCUUAUUCAUCAACUCCAACCUGGAGCUGCGAUCUUCUCUGAUGCUGGUCCUGAUACAAGGUGGGUUGGGGACGAGGCUGGUGUUGCUGGGACCACAUGCUGGUCCCUUUUCAACUGCAGUGCUGUCAAGAUUGGCGGUGAUAAUGAUCUCAGAUACUCAAGGGAAGGGGACCCGUUUGGCCAUGACUGGGUUCCCGCUGAGUGUGAUGUGUCCAUCCGACCUGGUUGGUUUUGGCACGCAUCAGAAAAGCCAAAAAGUGCACUGACUCUGCUGGAUUUGUAUUACAAAUCAGUCGGUAGAAACUGUCUCUUAUUGCUGAAUGUACCCCCAAAUUCAUCCGGUCUCAUAUCAGAUGAAGAUAUACAAGUCCUCAAAGAAUUCUCCGAGCUUCGUGAUUCUAUAUUCUCCCAUAAUAUUGCAAAAGCUGCUCUUCUUUCUGCCAGCAGUACACGAGGAGGUCCAAAAAAUUCUCAGUUCGGACCCCAGAAUAUUAUUGAGGAAGGGUUAUAUACCUAUUGGGCUCCAGAUCAAGAACAAUCAGAUUGGGUACUCUAUUUAGAAUUUCAACAAGUUAUGACUUUCAAUGUCUUGGAACUUCAAGAACCAAUUCAAAUGGGACAACGGAUUAUCGAGUUUCAUCUUGAUAUAUUAGAUGUAACUGGAAAAUGGCAAUAUGUGGUAAGUGGAACGACAGUAGGAUAUCGGAGGCUGUUAGUUUUUCCUACCGUGAAAUCUCACCUGUUAAGGUUGGUUAUUGACAAAUCAAGGGCGUGCCCUCUAAUCUCCCACUUGGGAAUUUACAUGGAUUCCUAUUCUGCUUCAAGACACGUCUCUGAUACACUUACUAAGUCGAAGUUCAUUAACAACCUAGUUUUCAGAAGAACUGCAUACAGCCGGUCUCAAUCUGUUUCCAUCUAAUCUUUGUUGAGCAUCUCAAGUGUACAAUGAACCUUGAUCUUUUCUGAUGUUGUUGUGCUAUGUUGCUCGGACUCUUCAAAAAUGUUGCCUCACCCGUGUUGGAUCCUCCAAAAUGCACUACUUUUGGAGGAUACGACACGCACCCGGCGGCAUUUUUGAAGAGCCCGAGUAACACAGCUUUUGUGUGUGUAAUUUUCUCCACUUUCAGGUGUUGUAACAUGUAAAGUUUAUAAAACACAACUCACAUUAGUGUGGAGCAACUAUUAUGAAACUGCUCCCAUCUAAUCUUUGUUGGGCAACUUUCAGUGUACUGGACAUAAACCUUGAUUUAUCUAAUGCUUGUCUUAGUAAUUUUAACCUCA